AUGUACUUCCUAAUCCUCCCGGAUUCCUCCAUCGGGGUGGAGAGGGAGUGGAGGGGAGCCGGACGCCAGCCGGGCUCCUCCGGCGUUCAACCUUCCCGACGAAGCCCCAGCACCAGCACUGCCACCCUCCACGUAGCUCCCCUCCGUCGUGUCACCCCAAAACUCAUCUUGUUUGUCUUUCCACCCGGGCAGGACAUGAGGAAACACGUCAUCAUGACGCUGCUGGACACGGAGCAGUCCUACGUGGAGUCCUUGCGCACCUUGAUGCAGGGUUACAUGAAGCCACUGAAGCAGCCGGAGAACUCACUGCUGUGCGACCCGUCGCUGGUGGACGAGAUCUUUGACCAGAUCCCUGAGCUGCUGGAGCACCACGAGCAGUUCCUGGAGCAGAUCCACGACUGCGUGCAGAACUGGCACGAGAAGCAGAAAGUGGGCGACCUCCUGGUGCAGUCGUUCUCCAAGGAUGUGCUGGUGAACAUCUACUCUGCCUACAUCGAUAACUUCCUCAACGCCAAGGAUGCCGUCAGGAUCGCCAAGGAAGCCCGGCCAGCGUUCAUGAAGUUUCUGGAGCAAAGCAUGAGGGAGAACAAGGAGAAGCAGGCUCUGUCUGACCUGAUGAUCAAGCCUGUGCAGAGGAUCCCGCGAUACGAGCUGCUGGUGAAGGACCUGCUGAAGCACACGCCAGAGGACCACCCCGAUCACCCCUUCCUCAUCGAUGCCCAGCGCAACAUCAAGCAAGUGGCGGAGAGGAUCAACAAGGGCAUGAAGAGCGCGGAGGAGGUGGAGAGGAACGCCCGGAUCGUGCAGGAGAUCGAGUCCCACAUCGAAGGGAUGGAUGAUCUCCAGGCCCCACUCCGCAGGUUCCUGCGCCAGGAGAUGGUGGUGGAAGUGAAGGCAGUAGGUGGGAAGAAGGACCGCUCCUUCUUCCUCUUCACGGACCUGCUGGUGUGCACCACGUUGAAACGCAAGUCGGGCUCCCUCCGCCGCAGCUCCAUGAGCCUGUACACUGCGGCCAGCGUGAUCGACACUGCCAGCAAGUACAAACUGCUCUGGAAACUGCCGCUGGAGGAUGUGGACAUCGUCAAAGGUGCCUCACAAGCCACCAACCGGGAGAGCAUCCAGAAAAGCAUCUGCCGCCUGGAUGAAGACCUCAGCACAUUGGGGCAAGUCAGCAAGCUGUCGGAGACCCUCAGCUUCCCCCACCAGAGCCUGGAUGACGUGAUCAAGGACCUGAUGGCCGCCAUCCACCGGGAGCUGGCAGAGAAGCAAUCCCUGUCCUUCAGCAUGGCUUUCCCUCCCAACAAGGUGGAGCUCAGCACCACCAAAGCCGACGGCACUGAGUCCUUCAUCUUUGAAUUCCCCAACCCCGACGCCCGGCUGGGCUUUGAGCAGGCCUUUGAGGAUGCCAAGAAGAAGCUGGCUUCCAGCAAAAACUGCCUGGACCCAGAGUUCCUCAAGGCCAUCCCCAUCAUGAAGACACGGAGUGGGAUGCAGUUUUCUUGUGCUUCUCCCAGCCACGGCAGCCUGGAAAGCUCCCACGAGGUUUGGGUUUGCAACAGCGAUGGUUACGUGGGGCAGGUUUGUUUGCUCGGCAUCCGUAAGGAGCCCACGGUGGAGGCGUGCAUCGCCGUCUGCUCCGCCAGGAUCCUCUGCAUCGCCUCCGUGCCCGGGCUCAAGCGGGCGUAUAGGGCGAUGCUGGAGCUGCUUCUUUCCCCCCUCCCCUCGUCGGCCGAGCCGGUGGGCAGCCCCUCCUCGGAGGCGAUGCCGGUGCAGCCGGAGGAUGCAGGGCCGCAGCCGUGCCUGCACAUCUCCAUCUCGGGUUCGUCGCUGGAGCUCUCAGAGCCGGUUGAUGGUGGCAACAGGGAGCUGGUGCCCUUCGAUAGCGAUGACACGGAUGACGAAUCUUCACCCAGUCCCUCGGGGACACUGCAGAGCCACGCCAGCCACUCCACCACCAUCUCCUCCAGCUUCGGCAAUGAAGAGAUCCCAAGCUGCAAGGAGGCAACAGCGGAGACAACAAGCUCGGAAGAAGAGCAAGAACCCGGCUUCAUGCCCAUCUCUGGUACCUACGGCCAAAACCGGCACGGCGAGAGCCCCACAGACGGGCGAGCCCUGCGCCGCUCCAGCCGCGGCUCCUUCACCCGGGGCAGCCUCGAGGACCUCCUCAGCCUUGACCCUGAAGCCCAUCAGAGCUCCAUGUGGUUGGGCACCGAAGAUGGCUGCAUCCACGUGUACCAGUCCUCGGACAACAUCCGUAACAGGAAGAACAGCAUGAAGAUGCAACAUGCCGCUGCCGUCAUGUGCAUUUUGUACCUGGAUAACCAGGUUUUCGUGUCACUGGCCAACGGGGAGCUCGUUGCGUACCAGCGGGAGGCAGGCCGCUUCUGGGAUCCCCAAAACUCCAAGUCCCUCUCCUUGGGCUCACCGGGGAGCCCCAUCACCAGGGUGGGGGCAGUGGCAGGGAAGCUCUGGUGCGGCUGCCAAAACCGGGUCAUCGUCCUCAACACCGCUACGUUGGCACAAGAGCACACGCUCCAGGUGGGACAGGACAGUGGGCGCAGUGUCACCUGCAUGGUGAGCGCAGGAACUGGCGUGUGGGUCGCCUUGCAGAGCAGUGCCCAGGUCCGGCUUUACCACGCCACCACUUACGAGCAGUUGGCCGAAGCGGAUAUCACCCCCCCGGUACACAAGAUGCUCGCCGGCUCGGAUGCCAUCAUCCGGCAGCACAAGGCAGCCUGCCUGCGGAUCACGGCUCUCCUGGUGUGCAAGGACCUGCUGUGGAUCGGGACCAGCGCCGGCGUGGUGCUGACCCUCGCCCUCUCGGCCAAGGCGGCCCCGGCGUUGGUGGGGCUCUCCCAGGGUCACACCGGCCACGUCCGCUUCCUCACCGCCAUCGAGCUGCCCGACGGCUUCGACGUCCUCUUCCCAUUGCCAAGGGAGACGG